AUGGCAGAAACAACCGCUAAAAUGGAACUGCCCACUGGUGAAGCAGCUGGCAAGAACCAAGGUGAUUGGAACGCCAAGGGUAAGCAUAAGAAGGGCAGGAGGCCCGAGAACAAUGCUAGCAAUGCCACCCAGGGGAAGAGCAGAUCUCAGAGAAGCAGACAUAGACGUAAGGCUAAGGAUAAAGAAGUUUCUGGUUUUAAAUUGGUCUUGCAAAGUUUGCCACCUGCAUUGACAGAAACUGAAUUUUGGGAUGCUGUCAAGAGUGUUGUCAAUGAUACAAAUGAGUACCAGAUCAAUUUGAAUUCAUUCUAUUUUGUGCAAGGGAAGCUGUCAGAUAAGCCGUUCCAUGACCCAGUUUAUUCGAGGUCUUACAUAAUGUUCAAAGACAUGGAGAAUCUGAGGAAGUUUGCGUUGAAAAUUCAGGAUGUAACGUUCACUGAUGCAAAUAACGACUCUAGUGUGGCCUCAAUAAAAAUUUCACCUUAUAAUAGAAGUUACAACAGUGCUUUAGAGAAGAAGAAACCUGCUGCGAACAAGAAAGUAUUGGAGGGCACAAUUAAAGAUGACCCACUGUUUAAAGCCUUUGUGCAAUCGAUGAAGAUAAUGGCAGAGAGUGAUCAGUAUAUGUAUUCUGAGAUCAACCUGUUCAAACCAUUGAAAAAAGAAUUGGAUAAACAGAAGCAAGUUAAUGAAGCAAUCUUGAAACAAACUGAAAAGGCUCUAGUCGAACUAGCAGGUGCAGUGGAAUCAGAAAAGAAGAGCAAGAAGAAAAAGAAGAAGAAGAAGAAGAGUGAAAAGAAGAAAGAAGAAGAAACUGCAAGCAAAGAUUCCUCGUCUGUGGCUAAAACUAAAUCGAAACCUAAAGGAAAACCUAAAUUGAAAUCCAAGUCGAAAUUGGAAUCGAAAAGCAAAACGAAUGCAAAAUCCAAGAAAGUUAAAGAGCAUGAUUCUUUGAAGAAAGAGAAGAACAACAACGUCGUUAUAUUGGAAGCUGCAGGUAAGAAAGAGUUACAAAGGAGAAAAAGAACAUUAGCAAAGAAGGAAAAUGAUUUGAAGAACGUUCAAAAAAAUAGUUUCACAAAACUUCCAUCACUGAUGCCUAAUACUCCAAACCCUACACCGUCUUCGAAUCCCAAAAUGAAGAUACUUAAGAGACCAAAUACAGAAUGA